AUGUACGGUAACGAAGAAGUUGACUAUGGUGAUGAUGACAGUAUUUCAUCCUCUUGGGAUGAUACUGCUCAAACGUCGGACACUCAUCUCUUUCAUGGUGCAUCAUCCGAGAAAGAAAGAGAGAGUGAUACGGUUGAAACCAAUACUGGCACUCAUGGUGACGACCUUGCUUUCAUGAAGAAUAUUCGUGCUGCUGCGCAGAUGGUUACUCGAGCUUCUGGUGAUAUCGAUUAUACUGGUAGGAACCCUGUUGACACGCUUCAAAGGGUCCUGGGUGUGAAUAUGGGGAACCCCAUAUAUAAAUGUAUGGCUUUCAGAUGCCCUAAGGGCAAAGAUCUUGGCUCUUCAGUAUUUGCUUGGGCUCGAUCUUGGAAUGUACAAACCCACCCUGAUGGCCAUGACUACACUAUGGUUGAACGUGGGAAGCCUCGUUCAUGGGAUUACCCAAGGGUGUGGGAUAAGAUUUCUCAGGCCACGACAAAUUGUCAACUUGAUCCUGCUCCUUUGCAACUGUUGGCUCUGUGCCUGGUCGCUCCGAGGGCCAUCAGUGACCAGAUCGCCAAUGGUGCUCUCAAGGAUCUGAAGGAUCACCAGACCUCUGACCUGCCAACUAACUCUUGUUUGUUAGCUUGGCAGGAUGUCAACAAUAAGUCGUCUCCGAGUGAGAUUGCUGAUGCCUUCUCGAAGUUCAUUGAGGGUUGCCGUCGCAUGUCUCCUGGCAAAGUCAAAGAACAGCCCCAACCAUGGAGUCGAGUCUUUGCUCGUGAGAAAAAGAUCAUCGAGAAGAUCGCUGAACACUCGGACGGCACUGAGAUUAAUUGGUCCAUGCGACGCCUUCUUUAUGUUGAGCUUAUUGCUUCGAGCAAACGCUGGCAAUUGAAACGAGAAUCACUGAUGGGUUGUAUGGAGCGCAUCCGUACCAGUAAGUGUCCCGAAGAUAUACGGGUGAGCAACGAGGCGCCCCCAGAGCAAGAAUAA